CAGCAUAUUAUUACGCCUAUAAAGGCCACUGCAAAAAGAAUCGAUUUAACGCAUCUCAAUAUCCCAUCUCCCUCAAGUAUCACACAAACACACAUAAAAACCCAAAAAAUGGAUGGCGAGGAACAGCAAAUAGAUGGUGAUGUUCAUAACCAUGACAAUGAGCACAAGCUGAAAGAGAAAAAAAAAUCAUGGGGGAAACUAUCUCGGCCCGAUUCUUUCAGCAUAGAGGCCGGGAAAACUCCAACAAAUACUGUUUAUCCCUCAUUGAUGAGCUGGAGAACGACGAUGAGUUUGGCAUUUCAGAGCCUAGGAGUGGUGUAUGGAGACAUUGGGACAUCGCCGUUGUAUGUGUAUGCAAGUACUUUCACUGAAGGCAUCAAUGACAAAGAUGAUGUUAUUGGCGUUCUCUCGCUCAUCAUCUAUACUCUUACUCUCGUUGCGUUACUCAAAUACGUUUUCAUUGUUCUCCAGGCUAACGACAACGGAGAAGGAGGAACAUUUGCGUUGUACUCAUUGAUAUGUCGUUACGCAAAAACGGGACUAAUCCCAAACCAAGAACCAGAAGAUAGUGACGUCUCAAACUAUACACUUGAACUUCCAAACACACAGCACAGAAGAGCCCACAAGAUCAAAGAGAAGCUCGAGAACUUCAAAUUUGCUAAGAUCAUACUCUUCCUCGUCACUAUUAUGGGCACUUCCAUGGUCAUUGGUGAUGGUAUUCUCACUCCUUCCAUAUCAGUACUUUCAGCAGUGAGUGGAAUCAAAUCGCUCGGGCAAAACACGGUCGUUGGUGUUUCGGUUGCAAUCUUGAUUCUGCUAUUCGCAUUUCAACGGUUUGGAACUGACAAAGUCGGGUUCUCAUUCGCUCCGAUCAUCCUCGUAUGGUUCAUGUUUUUGACCGGAAUUGGUCUAUUUAAUCUGUUCAAACAUGACAUUACUGUCCUAAAAGCACUUAAUCCACUCUAUAUUAUUCACUACUUUAGAAGAAAUGGUAAAAAAGGUUGGAUUUCCCUCGGAGGUGUCUUUCUCUGCAUCACUGGGACGGAGGCCAUGUUUGCUGAUCUAGGUCAUUUCAGUGUUCGAGCCGUACAGAUUAGUUUCUCAUGUGUCGCAUAUCCAGCGCUAGUAACGAUAUAUUGCGGCCAGGCUGCAUACCUCACUAAACAUGCUUCCAAUGUUUCAAAUACUUUCUAUGACUCUAUCCCAGAUCCAUUUUACUGGCCAACAUUUGUGGUUGCGGUCGCAGCAUCGAUCAUAGCCAGCCAAGCUAUGAUAUCGGGCGCAUUCUCGGUCAUCUCGCAGUCUCUACGUAUGGGUUGUUUCCCUAGAGUGAAAGUGGUUCACACCUCGGCUAAGUACGAGGGACAAGUGUACAUCCCCGAGAUCAACUACUUCCUAAUGCUCGCAUGUGUGGCUGUUACUCUCGCCUUCCGAACAACCGAGAAGAUAGGACAUGCUUAUGGGAUCGCCGUUGUAACCGUCAUGGUCAUCACGACCUUUAUGGUGACUCUCAUAAUGCUUGUUAUUUGGAAGACCAACAUAGUACGGAUCGGUAUGUUCUUGAUCGUCUUUGGGUCUAUAGAGACGUUAUACCUAUCCUCGGUCAUGUACAAGUUCACGAGCGGUGGGUAUUUACCGCUCGCGAUAACGCUAGUUUUGAUGACGAUGAUGGCGAUUUGGCAAUACGUUCAUGUUCUCAAGUACCGGUACGAGCUGAGGGAGAAGAUUUCUGGUGAAACCGCUAUACAAAUGGCUUCAAGCCCUGAUGUAAAUAGGGUUCCAGGGAUUGCGUUAUUCUACACGGAGCUUGUUCACGGUAUAACUCCACUGUUCUCUCACUAUAUCUCGAAUCUUUCGUCCGUCCACUCGGUUUUCGUCUUGAUAUCAAUCAAGUCACUUCCCGUGAGCCGCGUGAUGCCAUCAGAGCGCUUCUUUUUCCGCUAUGUGGAGCCAAAGGAUUUUGGUAUGUUUCGAUGCGUGGUUAGGUAUGGUUACAAGGAAGACAUUGAGGAGCCUGAUGAGUUCGAGCGUCAGUUUGCUCAUUACUUAAAGGAAUUCAUACAUCAUGAGUAUUUCAUUUCUGGAGGAGGAGACGUGGACGAGACGACAGACAAAGAAGAGGAACCUAAUGUUGAGCCUUUGUCUAACUCUGUCCCUUCGUCAGGUCGGAUCGGGUCCACGCAUUCGUCGUCGAACAAGAUUAGGUCGGGAAGAGUCGUGCAGGUUCAAUCCGUAGAGAAUCAGACGGAUUUGGUGGAGAAAGCUAGAGAGAAAGGAAUGGUUUAUCUAAUGGGAGAGACUGAGAUUACGGCGGAUAAAGAUUCUUCUUUGUUUAAGAAGUUCAUAGUAAAUCAUGCUUACAACUUCUUGAAGAAGAAUUGUCGAGAAGGAGACAAAGCACUUGCCAUUCCAAGGUCGAAGCUUCUGAAGGUUGGCAUGACUUACGAGCUA